AUGAACCAGACCACAAGCAUUACAAGCCAUUUUGUGACAGGAAAGGUUUCAAGCCAAACCUUAUUAGCUACAGCCUUGGUAAAGGCUGAGUCAAGAAAUGGUUCUCCUCUGAUAUUAAGAGCUCUGCUGGAUCAAGGAUCACAAGCGUCUUUUAUAUCGGAAGCAGCCGUACAGUUAUUACGGUUGAAUAAAGUUGCUGAGAAAACUAGUAUUUCAGGAUUGGGUGGUGGUCAGAGUGACUUAACCUCAAAAUAUGUGGUUAAGGUCAAGAUUCAGUCACUCUGUGACCCAACCUUUAAGUUGCAAGUGAAGGCUCACGUCCUUCAAACGGUGACUACAGUGUUACCUCAAAGGAAGUUCACUCCACCCAGAUGGACUGAACUUGGCCGCAUCAGUUUGGCUGAUCCGCAGUACAAUUCGCCUAAUAGAAUUGAUGUUCUCUUAGGCUCCGAGGUGUAUUGCGCUAUCCUGAAAAAGGGAUUGAUUAAAAGUCCUAAUGAUUUGAUUAUUGCACAGGAUACUUACCUUGGAUGGGUGUUGUCGGGUCAGGUUGACGGCUAUGAUAAUGAAGAAUCUACAUGUCACAACAUUAUAAUGAGCUUUCAUAUCCAGUUAGAAGAGAAUGAACUAAUCAAGAAAUUUUGGGAAAUCGAAUCUGAACCUAGUCCAAACAAAAAGAUAUUAACUCAAGAAGAACAGGAUUGUGAAGAUCAUUUCAACGCCACAACUUGCAGAGAUGAGACUGGUCGUUAUGUAGUGGAGUUGCCGUUUCGUCCAAAUGUUCGUCGAGACUACGGUGAUACAAGGUCCGUCGCUGUGAAACGUUUGUUUGGUCUAGAAAAGAGAUUGGAUAAGAAUAGCACAUUAAAGAACAAUUAUUCUGAGGUAAUAGAUGAAUAUUUGAAACUUGGUCAUAUGGAGAUUGUUGAUGAUGAGUCAUCAAAUAUGGAGGGUAAGGUAUGGUUACCACAUCAUGCGGUUGUUCGUAUGGAUAGAACAACAACAAAAACCAGAGUGGUUUUUAAUGCCGCUGAUAGAAGCGCUAAUGGAUUAUCCUUAAAUGAUACAUUGAUGGUUGGUCCAACCUUACAAAUGGAAUUACGCCACUUGAUAAUGCGUUGGCGUUCACACCCCAUAUGUCUCACUGCUGAUAACAUAAAAAUGUAUCGACAAGUGAACGUAGCUGCAAAACAUACCGAUUUUCAGCGGAUUGUAUGGCGAUCUGAAGAGGGUAUUAUACGUGACUAUCGUCUUCUGACUGUCACUUUCGGCACUUCAUGCGCUACUUAUUUAGCUGUUAAAGCAAUGCAACAAGUAGCUGUAGAUGAAGGUCCUAAUUUCCCGCACGCGGCAAGUAGAGUUCUAUCAGAUUUCUACAUGGACGAUCUUCUCACCGGCGCUGAAAAUGAAGAAGAAGCGGUUAAGAUUUAUAAAGAAAUGAAUGAAUUGCUAAAUAAAGGUGGAUUUCAAUUGCAGAAGUGGACAUGUAAUAAAAUAGGAGUACUAGGUGGUACAGAAACAGAUACAGAAAGAGAGUUUAAAGAGGAUGAUGUUACUAAAAUUGUAGGUAUUGCUUGGAAUCGCCGCACAGAUGAGUUUGGUUAUAACAUUAAGAUUUCUUCUGAUGCCUCUGCUCCUGAAACAAAACGCAAAGUGAUUAGUGAAAUCUGUCGACUAUAUGAUCCACUCGGGUGGAUAGCUCCGUGUGUUAUUAUAGCAAAGAUCUUCAUCCAGAAGCUAUGGAUUGCUGGACUGGGCUGGGAUGAUAAAUUGCCAGAGGAGCUGAUACAAGAGUGGUCACAAUAUCGCAAGGAAUUACCGAAGCUAGAAUUAUUUCAUAUUCCGAGAUGGGUCCGCAAGAAGAAAAGUGAUAUCAAAGUGGAGUUACACGGGUUUAGUGACGCUUCUAAUGCAGGCUAUGCUGCUGUGGUUUAUAUUCGUUGCGUUACUAUGGAAAAUGAAGUUUAUACUCACCUGGUAACCGCUAAGACGAAAGUAGCACCCAUCAAGCAGAUAUCCAUCCCGCGACUUGAGUUGUGCGCUGCUGUUCUAGUUACUAAACUACUUCUGGAAGUAUCUGAAACACUGAACAUCAAUAAGUCAGAUAUACAUGCUUGGACGGACUCUACGAUCGUGUUAGCUUGGUUGUCCGACCAUCCAAGUCGUUGGAAGACUUUUGUCGCCAACAGGACUUCAAAAAUACUUACCUUAAUUAAUGCUACGCAGUGGUCGUAUGUUUCGACAAAGGAAAAUCCUGCUGAUUGUGCGUCACGUGGUAUGUCACCGUCAGAGUUUCUAGAGAACUCGCUGUGGAAGAAUGGUCCAAGCUGGUUACAAAAUAGCGAAAUUGAUUAUGUCAAACCACGUUCCAUUUGCACCAAGACAGAGUUAGAGAAGCGUCAACUUAAAGCACAUACUACUUGUGUCAAAAACUUUGAAGAAAUAGAGGAUAUUUGUUCUAGAUUUUCAAGUUUACGGAAACUAAUAAGGGUAAUAGCUUAUUGCAGGAGAUUUCUACAUCUAAAAAAUACCACUUCUGAAGAAUCUAAACACUUACCUUAUCUUACCGCCAAGGAGAUCCAGGAAUCACUUACCUGUUGCAUACUUCAGCAUCAACGUCGUUGGUUUGCCGAUGAAAUCAGCAUGCUCCUGAAAAAUAAAAAUGUUAGUAAGAAAAGUAAAUUGUCUACACUUAAUCCGUAUAUAGAUAAGAAUGGAUUAUUAAGGGUUGGAGGAAGAAUAGAAAAAUCCGACUUACCUGAUUGUAGCAAACACCCGUUUAUAGUAUCAGGCGAAUCACAUUUGGCUAAGCUCUUAGUAGCCGAUGCCCAUGAUAAAACACUUCAUGGAGGUCAACAGUUAACCUGUAACUAUAUUCGUACUAAGUAUUGGAUAACAAAGGUAAAGAAUUUAGUAAGAUCUCACAUUCAUAAUUGUAUUCCAUGUGUGCGUAACGCCGCCAAGAUUAGAACGCAAUUAAUGGGUCAGCUACCAUCUUGUAGAGUAACACCUCUAAAACCGUUUUUACAAACAGGUGUCGACUACGCUGGUCCCAUCAAUAUACGUGUAUCGAAAGGUAGAGGGAAUAGAUCUUACAAGGGCUAUAUCAGUUUAUUCGUAUGUAUGGUUACACGGGCUGUACAUAUUGAAGUCGUGUCUGAUCUUACCUCCCAAGGGUUCUUGUCGGCUUUUAGGCGAUUUGUCGCUAGAAGAGGGCGUUGCAAUCAUCUGUGGAGCGACAACGGUACCAAUUUCGUAGGCGCCGCAAAAGAGUUGAAGUUGUUGUUGUCUAGUGAACGUUCUUCGUUUUCUAAUGAAGUUGCGGCAUCCUUGGCAAACAAUGGUACAGAGUGGCACUUCAUUCCUCCUCAUGCUCCACAUUUCGGUGGACUGUGGGAGUCCGGAAUCAAGAGUACCAAACAUCAUCUUCGUCGUGUCAUAGGUGAAUCCACGCUGACAUAUGAGGAAUUAAGCACGGUCCUGUCUCAAAUCGAGGCCUGUCUUAACUCUCGUCCCAUUUGUCAGCCAAGCUCAGAUUGUGAUGAUCCAACUCCGCUAACACCGGGACACUUCUUGGUGGGCGAGCCUUUACUUGUAGCUCCUGAUCACAAUUAUGAGUUACAAAAUAUCAACAGUUUACGUCGCUGGCAACUUACGCAGCGAAUGGUUCAAAAUUUUUGGAGACGUUGGUCCAAAGAGUAUCUUUAUGGUUUUCUGCAAAGAUAUAAAUGGAAAACUAGAUCUCCACAACUGAGGUCAGGUGACAUAGUAUUAGUAUGUGAAGAUAAUUUGCCACCUACCAAAUGGUUAUACGGCAAGAUCGAAGAUGUGCAUCCUGGUAAAGAUAAUUUAACAAGAGUAGUUACAUUACGUUAUAAAAAUUCUCUUAUUCAACGUCCAAUUUCAAAACUUUGCCCUUUACCAGUUAAUGAUGAACAUGAUUUGUAA